AUGAGGGAGAGAAUCACAUACUUUCGCCCGCAAGAUGCGGACAUGGACCCCAACCAGCUGGAGAUCCACGACACCAAAGUCCAGGGCCCGGCGAUAGAGGCCCUCAAGGAGCACAAAAUCACGCUGACGCUGCCGGAGCUGCCCUCUGAACUGGCUGGGCUUCUUCGUGAUCUCGAGGAGCUGCAUCUGAGAUGGGCGACGCCGGCGAGUUACAACACUCUGGAGCCGUUUAGCUCCCGCAUCUCUCCGGGCCUCCACGUAUCAUAUACUCCUCUCAAGGAGGACCACGACCCGGAGAAGCUGUGCACAGCAUUGCAGGCGUUUGGGCGGCUAGACUGUUCAUCACCAGAUGUCUUCAUCAACCUCAGUGAUGGACGCCAACCAGGCUCUCCCGCUUUGUUCUUCUACAACGAGCUGGAGAAGCUGGACGGGUUUGCCAAGAGACUCGGUCCUGUAGUCUGCUCGGGGCCAGCUGCUGCUGAAUGUAGGAAACAGCUUCAGGACCUCAAGGAUGCCGUGAGCUUGGACAUGUCUUACGAUUCCACCUCGGAGUCUGUCAAGAUCCAGGCCCUGUGGCCGCUGCAGAAGCGAGAGAUAUCCGUGCCUGCGUCACCCAAGGGCCGGACUGAAGUCGGUAUCCUAAGCAGAGGCGCCCCGCCCGGAAUGGAGGCGCAUGAAAUCGGCGUCUCGGGCGUUUUGGCUGUCAUUGGGGAGACAAAAGAGCCAUCACCAGCUUUAUUUGCCUUUGCAGCGCGGCACAGAGCUGCAUCGGGGUCUUUCACGUCCAAGUUCCAGCAACCAACAGGUCUACACCCCACUCUGCAGCUGAGUCUGAGCACGGCGGCACCUCCGCUCGAUGAGGACGCCGAGUGCGCUCCAUAUGCAUACCUCACGUUGCCAAAGGUUAUCUUCGCCGACAGGUACCAGUUGGCGGACGAGCUGUUCCUUGCGUCGAAAAACUUGGCAGCCGCAAAGUACGUGAGCGAGCCCGUGGAUCUUGAGGCUCCCGCAUACACAACCAAGGAAUGGGGAUCAAACGUACUUCUACAACUGGCACCUCCCAAGGGCAAGGCCGCAGCCAAGGACUGGACCGUCGAGGUGCCUCUUCAUCUACGCUAUCUCAAGCCCUCCCCGACAGGCAAGGAAGAGGCUGGAAUUCCUUACCCCGCGGUGUUCUGGGCGUGCGGUGGUGAGGAAGACGUUGGCUAUGCCGUUAGCCCAUUUGACCGACUCAACCUGGGGUACGACGGCCUAUUCAGCCCGGGCACUACGUUUUGGCAUGUGAGCCCCGAGCCGGAAGCUGGUGACCGCCUCAUCAACAACAUCAGCGUCCCUGUGGUGACGGAAGGAGCAUCUCAGUGGGUGGGAGUUGGAACGGCGGUUGCUGUGGCACUGGGCUUCAUUUGGGUCUUGAUGAAGUUGAUGGGAGGAUAUGCAAAAUCUGGACAUGACACAGUAGCCAAGACGGCAGAAGACGAAGGCAAGAAGGAGAAAUAG